AUGAUCAGCAACGAACUGCACUACCUCAAAUACAUCGUGGGCGACAUCUUUGGACAAUGCUGUAGCGAAAUCGUGGAGCUGAUUCUGCUCUAUGGAAACAAGCUCACAAUUAAUGAAAUUAUAAACCUGUCGAAUUACGAGUUUAGCAUCGUGAGGAACAUUUUACUUUGCUUGCUCAUCCACAACAUCGUGGAUAUUCGGAUUGUUUACGGCAAGUCGCAUGAAUGUAGCCACGCGGCAUCCGACGGGAAGAGGGUGGGUCUUCUGCCGGACGAUAGGGCGGAACGCCGUGGCAGGGCGCCGGUGGAAGAAGCGAUGGAGGUGGUGCAAGCGUUGGGCGCCACAGCACUGGGGGAAGUAGCCCAAGGGGGAGAAGUAGUCGACAUAGUCGACGCAGCCGAAGCGCAGGUGGAGGUGCCACCCCAAAAUAGCCCCCCUACGGGCGAUACCGAUGACGACACUGGGGAAAACACUGUGGACAACACCACAUCGGAACGACGCAACCAACUCAACCUGAGAGAGGAAAUGCGCUUCUUGACGCACCACGGAAGCUACAAGUACAUGAAGGGCUGCAGCUGCCCCUCCUGCAUUUGCAGAAUUAAGAGGGUGGAGUACUGGGUCGUCGUUAAUAAUAUUUACGCCCUUGUGAGGUAUUCCUCCAUUUUUUACUACAUGCACCCGACGCGCGUUAAAAGUGGAGGCACUGAUGACAUGCCAGAGUACCACCACUUCUGUGGCGCCCCCUCUGCGGUUGACUCAGCCGGGACCACUACUGCAGGUAAGAAUAAGGGCAAAAAUGUGGUCACGCAAAACGAUGCUGCUCCCCCCCCAGCGGGAAUGCACAGUAUUAUGAGUUAUAACUUUUUCACGUCAGACGUGCUACACGAUAGUAGCAGCAGUACUGUCCAAGAAGAGGAGGACAAAAGUGCCGAGGAGGCAUCUUCCAAAAGGGAUAUUAUACACUUCAUCGAAAAGGUUAUCCUCCUAAGGGUAAUUAAAAAUGGAAGAAUCACCAUCGAUACGUGUGUAAAAAAUUUGAAACAAGACGAUUACGUAGAAGUGUGUAAAAAGGAAAUCCCAAAUAUGAAGAAGAAAAAAUUGAAGCUAAUUUUUUUGCAAUUGUUAAAAAAAAAAUAUAUAAAAAAGUGUAAAUAUUUUAAUGAGCACGCAUGUGAAAAUGACACAAGUGCUAAUGAUCGUACCAGCAAGUAUGACCAGUCCAUAAAUUACAUCAACGCGAGCGUCGACCACGCACCAUACUCGAAUAACUAUGCCGAUGUAUAUCACCCCAAUCGAAAUAACCACGUGGGCAUCAACAGAGUGGAGGCAAAUGGUAGAAAGACCAACCCAGCCUUUUAUGCCAAGGGUAAAACGCGCACAGCUCAGACGGCUCACUCCACCCACCAAGGAUUGAACCGAACAAGCAGCUUUUUAAACUCCCCCGAGUUUGACAGGAACAAUCAACACUCCAACGAGUCGCUUGACAGCUCCAAUGAUAGUUUCCUUUUCGCGCCAGUCGACAAUGUAAAUAGCAUGAGCGGAUACAACCCUGCAGCGAACGCCUUUCCAAAUGAUAGCAACAAACAGGGGGCGAAAAAUACGAGAGAUGUACUAGGCAUGGCUGGCAAUGCGAAACGGAGGAAGACAGCGGAGAAUGAACUGGGGGGAGGCCACAAUGGGAGAAAUUUUACCAACAACGAUUCAUUUGAUGGGAAUGUAUUCUCCAUGAGUGGAGAGAGGAACAGAAGUUUGGACCCCCUCGGUGGUAGUAACUACCUUAACGAGGAUAAUAACAGCGUCAUAAGUAGUGCUUACCCAGGGGGGAGCUCCUAUCUAGGCAGCAGCUCAUACCUCGGGGGAGGGGGGGGAAGUUCCUAUCUUGGCAGUAGCUCAUACAUCGGGGGAGGGGGGGGAAGUUCCUACCCGAGGAGCAGCACCCCCUUCGAUCGCUCCAACAUGGUGAAUGUUCCAGCGACAGACAGGAAGAGUCACGCACCGAUGAACAAAACAAACCAGUAUGAAUAUCUCAACCCCAGGGAAAACACAGCAGACAGAUAUACAAAUAAGGAUAGCAUGCAAAAUGAUCUUUUAGACCAUCUGGACAAUCGAUUUACAUACUUCCAAGCGAACAACGAAGUGCUGACCAUUCUGUACCUAAAGCAAGAGUGCUUCAACUUCAUAACGCAGUACUACAAUUUUAACGAAGUGGAAAAAGGCAUUUUUUUUUUUUUAUUAAAAAAUGUUCAACUCAGUUACUCUGUUGAGGAAAAUAAUUACAAACACACCCCCUCAUUUUGUUCCUUUGAAAAUGUGGAAAAAUACGUAAUAGCCAAUUUUAAAAAAAAAAAUAUCUAUAUGGACAGAAAUGUCGUUUUACAAAAUUUAAACACUUUAAUCAAAUAUCCAGACCAAUUGGUAAAAACACAAUGUAAUGAAAUGAUCACUUACGCUGCCGAUUUCUGCAAUAUUAAAAAUAUUUACAAAAAUAAAAUUACCACAAAUAUUAUAAAAAAUAUGAACGGGUCAGGCGCUUUACGCAUUUGGAACUUCCUCAUAUCCUCACCCGAACAGAAGGUUAACGAUGAAGUGAUAAGUGAAAAUGUGUUAAUUCCACUAAACGAUGUGAGAAAAAAAUUGUAUAAUUUGCUAUAUCAUGGGUACAUCAAAUGUCACGAAUGCAACAACAGUAAUGUUAACAAAACGUAUAUUAAACACUCCUUGUCCUUCUCCACUAACGUGUAUUACACAGCCAAUAAGAUAAAGGAAAACCUUUUUACUAUCGCGAAAAAUAUUUACAUACGGAAACUCCACGAGAAUAAUGAAAUAAACACGCUGCACAAUAAGUCCAACAUUUGUGCGAACGACGUGGGUAAGGAACUCCCGGCAGAGCUGCGUACUGGCCAGGGCGCGCCCUCCGGACAGAACGCAUCCGCCAAUCAGAGCUCCAACACAGCGAGCAAAAACCAUCAGAAUAAAAAAAAAAUCAGCUUGACGUCGCGCGAGUAUGCUGUGGACUACCUCGAGAUAAGCCUAAUUAACCUCGACAAGUUAAUUUUUAUAUUUAACUCGUAG